AUGAAAGGAAAGCAGACAGGAACGAGUUUGCAGAAGAAGACGAUCGAAAGCGACAACGAGGAGCAAGAGAGCGAUGCAGGAUCCUUUUUUGGUUCCGAAGCAGAGGUGCUUCAAGACGGUGAGGACAUCGGGGAAGUCUUGUCUCCGUUUGGACCAGAGACUUUUGCCAGCGCAGAGCUCUGCUGGGCCCAUGCGGAGUCUGCGCACGGCUUCUCGCUACAAGCGCUGAGGCGGCGGGUGGGAAGGAACGAGUGGUCCGACUAUCAUCGAAUCCGGCUUGUGAACUACUUGCGGAAGCUGGGGCCCGAAGCUGCGUGCCGCGAGGUACCAGCAAUGGCAAUGCUAACGGCCGAGUCACCGAUCUGGGAGCGCGAGGAUUUGCUGAUGCCCGUCUUGGCAGAUGAUCUGCUCUUGUUCGAUGCCGUCGAGGAGAGUGAGAGCGAAAGUGGAGAAUCGAAAGCACACGAGAAGGGAAAGGGGGGCAAGAAUCCUAUGCCUGUGAGCACCUCAGAAGCUGAGGUUCAUCGAAUGCGUGCAGAGCUUGAGAGUCUUAAGCGACUUAUGUCUUCUAGUGACGACGGAGCCUCACGCGUGGUGACAUCUUCAGAAAUGUCCUGGCAGACCUCUCGUGCCUUACGCACAGCUGCAGAGGCUCUGCAUGAGUGGCUUUCGUCCCGGCGUGAGCUAGUGGCGGGAAGACAAAUCCUGAAUCUCGGAUGUGGUGCCAACGUCCUGGGCUUGGUGUGCGCCUUGCUGGGUGCUCAAACUGUGGCGGUCGAUGCCUGUGUAAAGAAUCUGGCACUGGCACAAUCCUUGGCGGAAGCCAACGUGCCGGCACAGGGCACUCAAAUCCAACUGAUGCGGGGUGACCUUCAGAACCAAGCGAGCCAUGCGAGCUUGAGUGAGGGACUUGCCUGCGACGGACUGCUUUGUGAGCGUCUUCUUGUGCGUCCGUCGCUGGCAGAUUUACUCCAGGUGCUGGCUGCAAGGCAAAGAUACUUGCACCACGACGGCUGGAUGUUUCCAGGAUCUGCUUCCAUACACUUGUCGGGGUGUGACUUUUCCAGGGAGCUGGAUGAGGAAAAGGCUCUCCAUGAUGUGCUGGGUCUGAAUCUGGCGUACUUGGCGCCGCGUGCAGCACGAGCAGGUUCCGUGGCAGUGCUAUGCGGGCGUCUGGAAGAAGAUCGAAUUGCUUCUGAGGAGCCUUAUUUGCUUCUACGAGCCGAUCUUUGCACAGCGCAGACAGAAGACAUCUUCGCAAGAAGGCCGUUCCGGAUUGAAAUUCGGCCUGCUGGAAGUCUAACAUCCUUAAUGCUGGAACUUCGGCUGGAUGAGGCGGGUAAAGAUGCACCACACAUACACACCGUGCUUCAUCUGACGGAGAGCGACCAAAGUCUGCUUUGCCUGCGCGGGCGGGACUUCUCCACGGUCGAGGGCUAUGUCUCUGGAGCUCUGGAUGGCGAGAAACUGCAGCUGGCAGUGGCGCUGACAGCAAUUCCCAGGUCUGGUGAUUCCAGCAUGUGCAAGUGCUUGUCGGCGGAUUUCGAACUUCCCAGCGUAGAGUGA